CACCCUUCCAAAGGUCUCCCACUCUUCCGCCCGCACUCUCUCUCUUCGAGCACGUUCCUCGUUCUCUACGAGGUCCUCUCUCGAAGAUUAGGGUUUCUCUUCGUUUCUAAUUUCCUAUAUCUUCCGGUAUCCAUCUCAGAUCCCGGAGAUCGCGCCGCUGAGCUCUCGCGAGAAUAAGGGUUCCGGGAUCUCUCCGCGGGGGGCAUGGAGAUGGAGAGCUCCCGCAGAUCCGCCAUGGACCGCUCCCGAGAGCCGGGCUUGAAGAGACCUCGAUUGGUGGAGGAGGACCGCGCCGUUGCCAGCCGAGAUCGCCCGUUUGCCCCGCCGAGGGCUGGCGGCCAGCCGCUGGCCCCGAGGCUGAGGGCCGGCAGCGAGAGGGAGAGGGACGCAAGGGAGGAAAUGAUCAGGGGAGGAUCGAAUCAGCAGCAGCAAGAGCUCGUGGCACAGUACAAGACGGCGCUGGCCGAGCUGACGUUCAAUUCGAAGCCUAUUAUUACGAAUCUAACAAUCAUAGCCGGAGAGAAUCUCCACGCUGCCAAGGGAAUCGCUGCCGCAAUCUGCGCCAAUGUUCUCGAGGUUCCCAGUGAACAGAGGUUGCCAUCCCUGUAUCUCCUUGAUAGUAUAGUGAAGAAUAUUGGAAGAGAUUACAUUAAAUAUUUUGCUGCAAGACUGCCUGAGGUGUUUUGCAGGGCCUACAAACAGGUUGAUUCUUCUGUACAUCCUAGUAUGCGACAUCUUUUUGGAACGUGGAAAGGAGUCUUCCCCUCUGCUCCACUUCAGAUAAUUGAGAAAGAACUUGGCUUCUCACCUAUUGUCAAUGGUUCAUCUGGAGCUGCAAAAUCAAGGCCGGAUUCUCCAACACAGCGUCCGCCCCAAAGUAUCCAUGUGAAUCCAAAAUAUUUAGAAGCAAGACAGCGCCUUCAACACUCAACUAGGGUAAGCAAAGCAAAGGAAAUAAUCAAUGAUGACAUCAAUCGUGCGGUUAGUUCUAUUGAUGAUGCAGAGAGGUCUGACAAAGCAGCAGUUAUUGGAAGCACAAGACAAUGGACAAAUCCGCCUAGCAAAAUGCCUAAUCUGCGGCCUCAUAGGGUACUGAUAAACAAUCCCAUUCAUGAGAAAAAAGAAUUCAGAGGCCAUGAGUUUUCUUCUGAUGUUCCAGUGCAGUCGGACCUUGGAGUUGAAAGGGUAAGCAAGAGACUUAAAGAGCGAGAUGGACUUGACAAACCAUAUCAUGGUGCUGGCAUAAAUGCUUCUGAGAUGCAUGUCAGCAGUGGUGUUUUCGAUGUUAAUCAUGCUUAUAGAGUAUGCCGUUCAUCUGGAUCUGCACACUUAGAUAAUCAGCUGCCUUCAGUUCAGGAUAGAAGCAUCCAACGAACAUCUAAUAACUGGAAGAAUUCUGAGGAGGAAGAAUAUAUGUGGGAUGAUAUGAAUUCUAGAGCAAUAGAUAAUGCAAGCAAUAAUAGCCUAAUAAAAGGUGGGUGGAGUACUAAUGAUGAAAAUAAAUCUGCAAAUUUGCAAAAAGGCAAGUUGAUGCCUCUAGAGAGCAAGCAUCUAUCCUCUCAUCUAAACAAAAUUGACUCCCUAUCUCUAUUGAUGAAGACUGCUGGACGGGAAGGCAGAGUUCCACUACUUGAGGAACUGGAAGAGCACCUUCAGCAGCCCCAUGCCAAGCAUGAUACUGACUGCGGAAUAGGUAUGGAAACUUCAGCAGAUUCACUAUACAUGGGGCGAGAUCCUUUGGAGCAUCCUACAUCCUCCAUUUGGGCCCCACUUGACAUGCCACACUCAAUGAUUGGAUUGAACCAUACAAGCUCAAGAAUUUCUAGUCAGUCUGAAGGACAGCCAAUUUCUUUUAGGGGUGGUUUAUCUACAAGCAUGAGUUCAUCUUUAGUUCCAGGAUCAACUGGAAUGUCAGGUCAGCUAAGACAGCAACAGUCGCAGCCUCCAUCACCAUCUGCACAUUCACCUCCAUCUUCUGCACUCCUUCAACAUCAGAAAUCACACAAUUCAAUUGACUCUGAUCUUCUUCCAUCUAAUUCCUUCUUUCCCAUAGGUCAAAAACCUAUGCAUCUUCCAGAACGGUUGAGUCAAGCACCUGAUACACCAGUAACUCAGGAUUCUUUUCCUAUUUCGGCUCAAAGUCAUCCUCAUCAUUCUCAUUCUCCAUUAACCUCAAAGACACCUCCAUCAUAUCCUUCUCAACACCUGCAAAACUCAUCUGCUUCUGGUUCUUCGGCACCUUUUGCUCAGCUUAGGCAUCAUCUUCGCUUCUUGCAGCAACCAGAGCCUAAUCUAUCAGUGCAAGAGACACAAAUUCAGUCUCAAACUUCCCAUCAGAUCAAGAAAUCACCACCUCUAUCCCUGAGUUUUGGAUCUCAUCAGAUAGGACUUCCUGGAAAGAACAACUCAGAUAAUGCUGCUGUUGAAAUCUCGGACCAACCCAGUACAAGUAAUUUAUUGGCUGCUAUUAUGAAGAGUGGACUCUUACCCAACCACACAAUGAAUAAUUUCCAGAACCUGAACAUGCAGCCUCCCCUACCUAGCGGGUCUCCUCCUAUUCAAGUUGUGACAUCAUCUGAUCCUUCUGUCACUCCUGCAUCAAUAUCACCUCUGUUGUCCCAUGACAAUGCUCUGAUGCUGCCCUCUAUGAGAGCUGUGCUUCCUCCCCUACCACCUGGCCCACUGCCUCCAUCCUUGGUGCAUACCGACAGGGAGACCUCCAAUUUAGCUAUUUCCACUACAAAUCCACUUUCAAGACUUCUGAGCUCAUUAGUUGCAAAAGGUUUGAUAUCUUCACCAGCAACAGAUUUGCCAGCUGCAACCUCAGUUCAGCUGCCUAACAAACUAGGGAAUCAGAGUAGUGCCUUUGCUAGCAGCACCUCGGAGCAAAAACUUUCAAACUUAGAUAUCUCAACCAUUCGUUCACUAGCAGCGAAAGAGCCUUCUGGCACUGAAGACAUUGCUCCAACAAGUGCAGCUUUGUUACCAUCCACUGUAACAUUGAAGGACCUUUUAGGCAUCGAGUUCAAGCCAGAAAUCAUACGCAAAUUUCAUCCUGAGGUGAUCAGUAGCCUCUUUGAUGACCUAGAGCAUCAAUGCAACAUAUGUGGCCUAAGAUUCAGACUUCAAGCACAGCUCAAUAGUCACUUGGAUUGGCAUGGCCUGAAGAAGUGUGAACUGAGCAGUUUCAACAGAGUUUCUCGAAAAUGGUAUGUGAGUUUGACUAGUUGGGUCACUGGAUAUGUGGGACCACAAUGUGGGCCAUUGGAGUCAGCCACUUCUGUGGAGAAGAUUGUCCUAAUGGACAAGCAGUAUGAGCCAGCAGUUCCUGCAGAUGAAAGCCAGUGCAUAUGUGCACUAUGUGGAGAACCAUUUGAGGACAUUUAUUCUGCUGAAAGGGUUGAAUGGAUGUAUAAAGGAGCAGUAUAUUUAAAUCUAACAAAUAGGCAAGGUGAUAUGGAUUUCAUGGAUGAGUCUGCUGGACAUGUUCCCAUUGUGCAUGCUAAGUGUAUGUCGAAAAGCUCAGCUGAUGACAUGGAGGCUGCAUUGGACUAGAUGUGCUGGACAGAUACUUGAUAUUCUGGGGCAUUCCAGGCGUAGCUGCAGUUCCAGGUGUUGCUGCGAUGAGGUUUGGUCUCGACAAAUUAUUUGUGUGCGCCAUCAGGGUUUCUUGUUUGCGCAUGACAAUGAGAAACCGUUCUUCUUUUGUUCCUUUUAUAUGUUCCCUCGUUACAUUAUAGUCUCAAAAGGAAUGGAUAAGCAAAUAGGUCAGCUUUGUUUUUUCUCUCGUCCGAUGGUGUUUGCAUGUCGUUUAUUGUUAUUUUAGUUUCCUCAAAAUAGAUUGUGCAUUUUACGAAGUAUCAUGUUCAGCAAUAGAAAGAACUGCUGCAAGGCUAUGAAUAGUCUAGCUUUCCAGUUAAAUUCACCUGAUCUCUUUGGCUGCCUGUCACUCUGUGGUAUAACUCAGAUGUACUUCAGCACUGACAACUCACAGGCUUACAGGAAUUAUAUUCUUUGCUGAAGGUUGCCUUAUCAUUUGUUACAAACUGUACCAGUAUUAUUAUUUUAUGGGUACCGUGUAUAUACUGCAUCGUAUUAAUAGUUCAUGUGGAUAAAAUUUGUUGGUUUUGGCUCUU